AUGAUAAUAAGUUUAUGUUUGGGUUGUGGUUCUCUUCUCUAUACACUCAAUAAUCAAGAUCCGAAUACAACAAUACGUGCAUUUUGCAAGAUGCGCGUCUAUAUCAUGCAAUCAACUUUUAUGAUGUCUCGUUGGAUGAUAACUAUUGCUUGUAUUGAUCGAUAUGCACUAAGUUCAAGAAGUGCUUAUGUACGACGAUUUGCACAAGUACAUGUUGCACGUCGUGCAGUUGCAAUUAUUAUUGGUGUUUGGCUUCUCUUACCUAUUCAUACAAUAAUAUUCUAUGAGAUACGUGAAGCUGCUGGUAUUUGUGCUAUCGUAUAUAAUCGAGUUGCAGCACUCUAUCACAGUAUUUAUACUAUAAUUACGGGUGGCAUCCUUCCUCCCAUAAUAAUGAUUACAAGUACUUUACUUAUUCGACGUAAUCUUGCUAUUAAACGAGAUAUACGUGAACAGCAGGCCAAUGUUAGCAAAGCCACCACUCAAGAGACGGAUCAUACACGUAUUCAACGUACACGUGAUCAGAAUGCAUUAGCCAUGCUAUUUAUACAAGUCAUUGUCUAUUGUUUUGUUCAAGCACCUCAAUUAAUCUAUACGCUUUAUGGUGCUAUAGCUAGCAAUGUUCCAAAUAAGUCACCUGAUCGUUUAGCUAUUGAACGAUUUGCAUUUUUUUUCGCUGAAUUAUGUGUCUAUCUAUUUCCUGUUACAGCAUUCUAUUUAUAUAUAUUAGUGUCGCGUACUUUUCGAACUGAAUUAUUGAAUAUUGUACGUACAUUAUUCAUAAUGUGUUUCGGCCGUUGGAAUAUUCGCAUUAUGCCAAUGGGAAAUAUGACCAAUACUGGUACAGAACGUGGUGACAUUCAUAUGAUUUCUCAAACAUUAUUUCAUCGAUCACAAGCAAUGGGUCGUCAAGUCAAUGAACUGCCCAAUGUCACGUCUCGUGUAUAG